UCAGAGCGCACUACAUACGCUCUGCAGCCCCUCCCUCUUCCUAAGCUGUGCAUGCACUCUGUCUUUUCCUAUCUAAUCAUUUGCAGCGACGAUCCCUGCCUCAGCUCCUGCCUCUCUCCUGCUCUCGAAGGAAAUGGAGGAUGUGAUGACAAGGUACCAGGUUCCGGCAUUUGGUCACUGGAACUUCAGCUUCUACGACGAGAUCUCCAUCUCUCAGUACUUUGAAUCGGCGAGGGAGGCUGGUCUGGUAAGGCCUCGUCUCUUUGGGGGAGAUGGUGAGGAUCUCUUUCGGGUGUUGUCACCAUACAAGAAAGAUCAGCAGACCGCAAAGGGGAAGAAGGGAGGAGAGAGAAGAGGAGGGGAGAAGAUGAAGUCCUGUGGGAAGCAGGAGCUUAGGAAGCCCAAGGCUGUUGACGAGGACCUUUACAAGAUACCUCCAGAGACGUUUGAUCAAAUGCCAAAGAAGAAAAAAUUGUUGUCCAAUUUUUGUGCAUGGUGUCUCUGCCUCAAUUGCAUUGCCUAGUGCUAGGGAAGAAGGGAGCAGCUUUACAAAGAACUGGUGUUUCUAUAAUCUCCUUUUAUUCUGUUUUUCUCUUCUUUUUUUGCCUUAUGUAAUGGGUGUUGAGUUCUCUGCUAUUAGGAAUGUGAUCUGAAACUCUUUAUGUUUUUGAAGGAUUAUGUAGCAUUGUUCACAGGAAUUAUUUGGCUUCUUCUAUUGACUUU